AUACAGGGAUACAUAACUUUUGAUUUAUGAGUUGUUAACCCAAUUGAUCUGCAGUGAUGAGCUAAUUGUCACUGGCCUGCAAGGAAAAUGUAGUGAGGUAUUUGUGCUAGAGUUCACCUAUUUUACACUUAUCUUUUGUUGUACAGGUGCUCAAAGCAGUGGUUCUCUACCACCCCCACCCUGGGAAGCUCAGCCGACAGACAGUAACCAACUGCCAGGUCCUCAACAACCUCAUCAAUUGCAAGUUACACAGGUGGUUGUCUCACCUUCCCAGCCAUUGCCGAGUGGCAUAUAUCCUCAAGGAUCACAACAUAUGGGGAAUGGCCAGGUAGCGGGUAUGUACCUUCAGCUUACUACAAAUGGCCAUCUCUCAGCAGUCAAUGACCAGGUUAUGCAGAGCAAUCAGUUUGUAGGAAUGCAUCCUCAACCAAUCCAAGGAGGACAGCCCCUGGGUAUACUUCCACAGCCAAUGCAGUCGGGUCAGAUGCCUUUUACGUAUCCUCAACAAAUGUAUAGCAACCAAAUGGCCAGCUAUGGCUACGGCUAUGGCUAUGACUAUGGAUAUGGCCAGCAGCAAAAUGCUCAGUUCCUUGAUCAGAGAAUACCUGGGCUAUCUGUGAGGGACGAUGGUGUCUUGAGGAAUUCGGGCUACUCAGUUUCCACUCCAUCCUAUGUGCCAUCUGGAAAGCCCUCAAAGCCAGAGGACAAGCUGUUUGGAGACCUUGUUGACAUUUCGAAAUUUAAGCCAACAAAUACUACUCCAGGCAGAGCCGGGAGUUUGUGACCAAUGCUGGUUUCACUUUUUUUUGAUUAAUAACUUGCUUGUUCCAUUUUUUCAGAUCAAGUUUUUUGUGGUUUUUAUACAUUUAUAUCUUCUCGUUUGGUUUUGUUGGGUUGCUUGCUUUUGCAUUAGAAUUAUGCAAAUUCCUUGUAGAAGAAAUCUGAAAAAAAGAAAAAGAAAAAGAAAAAGAAAAAGAGGAAAGGAAGACGGCUCUUAUUAUCAGGUUGAAUUUACUGGAUUGACUUUUAUUGAGUGGAAGCCUGUUU